UGGCGGGGUGUGGCCGCGUCUCAGGGCGGGGAAUCGCGUAAUGGCGGACACAGGCCGGGAGAGCGCGGCUGGGGGCGUAGCGCGUUGAGGGGGGUCCGGCCGUGUGGCAGCCCGCGAGGCGGUCCGCAGGAGCAGACCCCGUGCGGAGACUGGGCGGCCGGCCGGCCCUUCCUGUCGCUGAGGGCGACUGCGGGAGGCCAGGUUGUUUUUCAUCAUUCAGAACAUUGCCUGAAGCAGGUCCACCAUGCCGUUAGUAACGAGGAGCAUCGAGCCAAGGCACCUGUGCCGUCAGACGUUGCCUAGCGUUAAAAGCGAGCUGGAAUGCAAGACCAACAUCACCCUGGCAAAUGUCAUCCGACAGCUGGGCAGCCUGAGUAAAUAUGCAGAGGACAUUUUUGGAGAGCUCUUUACUCAGGCAAAUACUUUUGCCACUCGAGUAAGCUCCCUUGCUAAAAGAGUCGACCGACUACAAGUUAAAGUCACUCAGUUGGAUCCCAAGGAAGAGGAAGUGUCACUACAAGGAAUCAACACCCGAAAGGCCUUCAGAAGCUCUACCACUCAAGACCAGAAGCUUUUUGACAGAAACUCUCUCCCAGUGCCUGUCUUAGAAACAUACAAUACUUGUGAUGCUCCUCCUCCUCUCAACAAUCUUACCCCUUAUAGGGACGAUGGAAAAGAGGCACUCAAAUUCUACACAGACCCUUCAUACUUCUUUGAUCUUUGGAAGGAGAAGAUGCUGCAGGACACCAAGGAUAUCAUGAAAGAGAAGAGAAAGCAUAGGAAAGAAAAGAAAGAUAAUCCAAAUCGAGGGAAUGUAAACCCACGUAAAAUCAAGACACGUAAGGAAGAGUGGGAGAAAAUGAAAAUGGGACAAGAAUUUGUGGAGUCCAAAGAAAAACUAGGACCUUCUGGGUAUCCACCCAUCUUGGUGUACCAGAAUGGCAGCAUUGGCUCUGUUGAAAAUGUGGAUGCAAGCAGCUAUCCACCACCACCACAAUCAGACUCUGCUUCUUCACCUUCUCCUUCCUUUUCUGAGGACAACUUGCCUCCCCCACCAGCAGAAUUCAGCUACCCAGCAGACAACCAAAGAGGAUCUGGCUUGGCUGGACCCAAAAGAUCCAGUGUGGUCAGCCCAAGCCAUCCACCACCAGCUCCUCCUCUGGGCUCUUCACCGGGUCCUAAACCUGGAUUUGCUCCACCACCUGCCCCUCCACCUCCACCUCCAAUGAUGGGCAUCCCACCUCCACCACCACCUGUAGGAUUUGGGUCUUCAGGGACCCCUCCACCACCUUCACCUCCAUCUUUCCCACCUCACCCUGAUUUUGCUGCCCCACCACCUCCUCCCCCACCACCAGCAGCUGACUACCCAACUCUGCCACCACCUCCCUUGUCUCAACCAGCAGGAGGAGCACCUCCCCCUCCGCCCCCACCCCCUCCUCCAGGACCCCCUCCUCUCCCUUUUAGUGGUGCGGAUGGCCAGCCUGCCGCACCACCACCAAUUUCUGAUGCCACCAAGCCCAAGUCCUCCUUGCCUGCUGUGAGUGAUGCCCGUAGUGACCUGCUUUCAGCCAUCCGUCAAGGUUUUCAGCUGCGCAGGGUUGAGGAGCAACGGGAACAAGAGAAAAGGGAUGUUGUGGGCAAUGACGUGGCCACCAUCUUGUCGCGUCGCAUUGCUGUGGAGUACAGUGACUCAGAAGAUGACUCCUCUGAGUUUGAUGAGGACGACUGGUCGGAUUAACUCUUUCUGCCUGCUGCCCACCUUCUACCCCAACAAUCCGUGGGGGAGAAGGUGUGGAGUGGGUGGGGGGUGGAAUUUCAAGGGGCCAAAGCUUUCCCUGAAGCAACCAAAGAUAUAUCCAAGUGCUUCCUCCAAAUCAAUAUUGUCAGGCCCGGGAGCUCCUGAGGUUCAGGAGCUAGGCUGUUCUCUCUUCCCUUCAAGUGACUGUUGCAUAUUGAAAGGAAGGAAAAUCCCCAAAGCAGAUCCCUUUGAUCGGGUUUCAGUUGGAGAUGGUGCCUUCUUCUAGGAUCCUUAUUUAACUGUGAUCUCCUUUCAAAAUCCUUGCCCUCAUCUAUUUCAAAUAACACCAGCUAUCUUCUGGUCCUAGAGCGGUGAGAGUGGCCUGCAUGGACAUAGCUGGCCCCUUUCCUGUUUUCUGAGAGGGCAGAACAGGCCAAAAGCCCCAGCAGCCAGACUGCCUCACCCUCUGCCCCAAUCAGCAGGGUGGAGCUGCCUUUUACUGAGCAACUCUAAGACUGGGAUGCUGUUUACUCCAAGAGGCAUCAAGCCUCUAAAGAAUGUCUCACCCCCUUUGCCCAGAAAUGAUGCUUUUCUGAAGGCUGCGGUGGCUGUCUCCUUCCCAGGCUCCCUCAUGGUGAGUAUGGUGUUCAGGGGUCCCUUAAGUGCCCCUCCCUUACCCCUAGGUGCCUUCAGGCAGCCCAGCCCAGUUUUUAGCCUUGAACAUUCAUGACCAAACUAGCCCUGACACACAGGGACCAGGGCCUCUGCUGGCUGUCACGAUCAAAGUUGAGAGACUUGGAUCUACAGACCUGGAAGGACAGUGGAACUCCUCCGGUACCACCCUCUUAAGGACGCUGAGGCCUAGAGAUGGGAAGUGACUUGUUCAAGGUCACACAGUUGGAUAGUGACAGAGCUAAAGCCCAGAGUGCCUGAUUCCAAGUCACCUGUGCUUUCUGGGACCAAAUAAUGGGCACCUGCUGGAGUCUGGGCAGAGCUUUCCUGGCUCUAAGAUCCUCCAGACCUCACCAUAGGUGAGGGUCUUAGUAGGAGGGCUCAGGGCCUGUGCCAGUCCUGUCAGUGCUGCUCAUACCUUCAUAGCCUCUCUUGUCAUUCUUUGUUGCCACUUUCCUGUGACCAGCCACCCACGUGGCCUUGGGAGUGCCCUUCUGGGGACCAGAGUAGUGAGAGAAGGAAGGAGAAGGCAGCUUUGACAGGUGCUGUUUUCAGUUCCUCUGCAACUCCUCCCCCUUUUAUUUCCCCAAUUUAAGCAUAGAUCCUGCCAACUGUAGAAACUUCAGUCCCUCAGGCUGGCAGCCGUGCAGGUACCUGCCUGGGGGAGCCUGGCAGCCGUGAAGCUGGCUGAAAGGCAGAGGGACUCUAGGUCCUGUUUCCAGUUCUCCCUUCACUGCACAUGGUGAUGUUCCCUCCCUUCCUCCCCUCCCCCUUUCCCAGAGCUAAUACACAGGUGCUAUUAUCCCGAGGGGAAAAAAACUGAUCAGCUCUGGCCAACAGUGAGGUUUCUUCUCUUCUGCCUUAACUAUUAUGUAGCCUCUUACGCUGAAAUCGGCUUCUCCUGGCUUCUCCAGCUUUCAGAGCCCUGAAACAAAGAGAAACAGGAUCUGUCUCUACCCAGCACAGCAAAUGGUUGUAGUAAUUGCCAAAGCCCUCAUAAACCCCUCCGGCUUGAGGAGAGUGUGUAAUCAUGGGUUCUGCCGCUGUGCCCUUGCUGAAUGUUUUCCCUCUGCCUUCUUUCCUGGAACUCGGGCUGCGGGCCUUUAGGUGCCAGCAUGCCCUCCCGCUGCAACUGCUCCCGAGUGUGCUCUCCUCCCUCUCCCCAAAUCAGGUGUCUCUGCACAGAGCUUGGUACCAUGCUGCAUGCUGAAACACCAGACUGUGUGGGCCCCUACCUUGCUUCCUACCCUGCACUUUGGAAGCUGAAGAUGCUUUCACCAGAACCCUAAAAUGGCUGUUGAAGGUGCCCCGGCUGCAGCCUAGCGGUGGCUAGAGAGGCAGGCAGAGGGCAUCGGUUCUCCCAAAUAGGAGUCCUGGGGCCUGGCCAGGCCAGGGUUUGGGCCUAAUGACUUUGACUAAAUUACCCCCAUCCUCCUCCUUUCCGGAAAAGAGGGAGCCAGAGCCACUCACUCUCGUUCUGCUCUGACCUUGAAGGGGGUGGUACUGGCCUGGCUUCGAGAAUGGACAGAGUCCACUGUGGAAAGGGCUGGGGGCAGGAGGAGGUGGGGAGGGGCACUGCCUGCGGAAGGUAGGAUUAGAUCAUUAGCUCAGUGACCUCCUAGGGUUUCGAUGUGCAGUGUUCUCAUCCUACAGCUGGUUUGGUAAUGAUCUGCAAGUCCCGGAGAGCAACAGCACAGCUCUGCCUGACGCUCUCAUUAAAAUCCAUGCAGCCAAGCUUGGUGCUUUGUAGCAGCCGGCCUUGCGAAGCCUCCUCAGCUCGGGGGGCUGGGGACCCAGUCAGCCGAGAGGCCCUCUGGGCUCUACUUAUGCAUAUGUGCACCAAAAAAA